UUUUGCCCUACAUUGCCACCGGGGCUCCAGCAAAGGUUUUCAUCUGAGCCCAGAGUUUACUGUGGAUUAAACAUCAGCUGAACGCUGGACUCCUUCCCGGUGAAUGAGAUGGCAGAGUGCGGGGCCGAAGGUGAACUACCUCAGAGGCGUCUCGGUGUCAAGGAGCAGUUAAAUGGAGAGCUGGCUGACUCAGAGCUGUCUGUGGAUCAGAGGGAACAGACGGACAACGAGGAGCGAGAAAAUCUGGUAUUAUGGAAGAAACCUCUGCUCACACUCCACUACUUCACUCUGGAGUUGCUCAUCACUCUUAAAGAGUGGCUUUGGAGGCUCUGGCAGCAAAGACAGACUGUGUUUGGCCUGCUGAUCCUGCUUAUCCUCCUCUCCAUUGCCUACUGUAUUGAAGGAACACACCAGAAGUAUGUGCGCUACAUGGAGAAGAAGACGCUGUGGUGCGCCUAUUGGGUCGGCCUGGGCAUCCUCUCCUCGGUGGGUCUUGGCACUGGCCUGCACACCUUCCUUCUUUACCUGGGACCACACAUAGCGUCAGUGACCUUGGCAGCAUAUGAAUGUGGCUCAGUGGAUUUCCCCGAACCUCCCUAUCCAGACCAAAUAGUCUGUCCCCAGCAGAGUGCAGCAGCACCAGGCUCUGAUGCUGAGCAAGUGGGACUGGAGGCCACGGGGGCAGACGGGCUGGUGGAGUCAGCUGCCAUCCAGGGAAGCAUCUCUCUGUGGACAAUCAUUUCCAAAGUGCGCCUGGAAGCUUGUAUGUGGGGUGCAGGUACAGCUAUAGGAGAGCUUCCUCCCUACUUCAUGGCACGUGCUGCGCGUCUGUCAGGCACCGACCCAGAUGACGAGGACUACCAGAGGUUCGAGGAGAUUCUGGACCAGACUGAGUCUGCACAGGGUUCUGUCCGCGCCGCAGCACUGUCAGGUGUCCCUGGUCCAGACGCAGCCCUCAGCGGUUCAGCUGACUUUGCCACCCGAGCCAAAGUGGCUGUGCAGAAACUCAUCCACAGGGUCGGAUUCUUUGGGAUUUUAGCCUGUGCCUCUAUUCCAAAUCCCUUGUUUGACCUGGCAGGAAUAACAUGUGGACACUUUUUAGUCCCAUUUUGGACUUUUUUUGGUGCAACGCUCAUUGGAAAAGCAGUGAUCAAGAUGCACAUUCAGAAACUGUUUGUGAUCAUCACCUUCAGCAGGCACAUAGUGGAGCAGAUGGUCUCCCUCAUCGGAUCUGUUCCACUGCUGGGUGCGGCACUGCAGAAGCCCUUCAGGGAGUACUUGGAGGCCCAGAAGGCCAAGCUGCACCAUCACGCCGGAGAGGGGAUCCCGACUGAGGAGAGCUGGCUGUCGUGGCUCUUUGAGAAGGUUGUGGUCAUCAUGGUAUGCUUCUUUGUCUGCUCCAUUGUCAACUCCAUGGCCCAGAGCUACGGCAAGCGCAAGCAGCGGGAGAAAACGGAGUGAACUUCAGAAGCUCCUUUACUCAUCUCUGCUCCCUCCGUCCUGGCACAAGCAAAAUAUUCCCUCUUGUUAUUGAGUUCACGCUGGACUUCCAUUUGCUUAGUUUUGAAGGUAGUGACGUGCGCGUUUGUGCUCUGUAAGGUAGGUUGCUUGUUGGAGUGUUGUGUCUGUGCUUCUGAGCACGUGAGAAGAAGCUGCUGGUGAUAAUUGUCCUUAGUGAGGCCUUAAGCUGCACCGUAGAGGAGUCUUACAUGUCACUUUAUCUGAAUAACUUUUGAAGUUAUGUGCUCAACAAUCUAAUUAUUUAUGAUCUGUAUUUGCUGGUUUACUAAUAAGAUGUGCAUUUAUGACUGUACUACAUAGAGUUGUUGUGCGGUAUCGGCUGUGUUCACCUCAUUUCGAGAUAUUCUAGAGCUUAAAGUCAGUUGAUGUAGAGAUGUUAAUGAGUGUGCUUGUAGAUGACCACUUCUUUUGUGCGCACAGAAAAGCUCGUCAAGGUACUUGUGGAUGAGAAAUGAUAAAUCGGCCAUGAAUCACCCUGCUGGUCCCUUUGUCUGCCCUUAUUGUUCUGCUUCCAGGAAGAGAGUACAUGAGUCAGCCCGGGGCUACUUUAGCAGAUGCAGCCAUAUAUUGAAUCAGAUCUGUGUGUGAGACGGAGAGGGAUAGUAGGUUGCGUGGCUGCCACAUUCUCCUUUUUUUUAUCUUUUAUGGAUUAAAGCCACUAAUAGACCUGGGAGUCCUAGUAUAGCCGCCUUAACUUAAGAGAGUCGUGUUUUUCUUUGUCUUCACUUGAGCUUUUUUUUUUUUAUCCUUUCUUCUUUUUUCUUUUUUUUUUUUUACCUCCGCAAGCUCACGUCUGACAUCUCCUUAAAAACAUUUUAUACGAUCAUUUUGGAUAACGUCAGCUGGCUCUGGUUAUACGCAGCACCUUCUUUUUUUUCAGAGAAAUGUGCUAUUUUCUUCUCCCUCCUCUGUACCGCCGCUGUGCUACGCUGGACUGAGCACAGUGGGCGCUAGAGCAGGCAGGAGAGAGAGAGCGAGAGGGGAAAAAAAAACCUUCAGUGAAAAGCGUCUGUGCCGUUACCUCAGCUGAACCUUCGGAUGAACUCGUUGCACUGGCCCAGUCGCGGAGCCAGGAGACGAAUCACUCGAGUAGAUUCAAAACAGAGGGGUACUGUUGAGCGGGCUGAACCCUGCGCUCUGCACCAGCUCUACUCAGAGCUCUCUCCUCUUUUCUCCUGUCAUGGUAAGUCGGAUCAGGAUUUUUUUUCUCUCUCAUUGUUGUGUACAUACGUCUCAGGCAUGUCCGUCACUCUCUCGGCCUGUCAGAUAGCUUAUCAGACUGGUGUUGGCUGUUAAGAUUGCAAGGCGACAACAGUCUGUAGGCUGUCUGACAUUUCGGGCUCUUUCAUCUGACCAGCAUCCUGUUUUGUCCUCCUUUUCUGUUACUGUCAUUGUCUCGGUUAGCAUCAUUUAGAGGUGUGUAUGUGUGUGUAUGUGUGUGUGUGCAGCAAUGUCACUUCCCUUUAUCCUCUGUGUAACGUCAGAAGCCUAUUGUUUAUUUCCUCCACGCUGACGUCCGUGAGGGUUUUUAUGUGGUUUUUAUGUGCGAGGAACUGUGUUCUCGCAUGUUUGAAAAUGCAGAUGUAGCGAUGUCUGUGUACGUGUGAGCUGAAUUUCCAGAGAAUCCAGACAGUACACACCUUAUUGCAACACAUCACAUUGUGACACCCAGUCCUAGGUAUGGUACACGCAGUGCUCACACAGCUCUCCCCUUCCCUUUUACACUUCCCUCUUCUCUUUAACUGAGAACUUUCUUCUAUUGCUCAAUACUCUGUUUUUUCAGGAGGUUUUAUUGGAGCAACUCUCUAGAGGGGGUGUUUUUUUUCUCUAAGGGCCGCAAAUUGGUAAUUAUACAAAGCUGAAAAUCAUCGCUUGACCAGCGGAUACUUUUCCCGCAAAGUUUUAUUUUAGAUUUUUUUUUUUUUCUCGAACUUUUUCCUGGUCAUAAAAGCAAAAAUCAUUGGAUAACACUGGAAUGGCUCGCUGGCUUAGAGAGUGUUUUUCUUGGCAGUCUCAGGAUGUCCUGUUCCAUAAGGGAGCCCCCUUUUGGCAUGCCUGUCUGAAUGUGUGUGUGCAUGUUUGUCUAGAAACUCUGUUUAUACUUGGAUGUGUAAGUGGCUCUAUUUCUUGUCUAAUAGAUGUCUGUACCUGGGGGGCUAUUUUAAUAGUAUGUAUGUUUUUCAUCUGCUUUUACUAUAAAUAAAGUCUGUUCAAAAGAAAAAAA